CGCGUGCCGUAAGACGCCGUGUCUAUAAAUGGACUUCCAAUUUUGCGGGCUCCUGAGGUUGAAAACGAGAAUUUUAUCGUAAGGUAGCUGCUAUCCGCUUCCGCGUGUUUCAAUACUUUUCAAGCGUACAGGCUGUGUGUUUUUGUUUCCUCAUACAGCGGUUAAUACCACAGGUACUAGACAAAAAUUAUUUAAAAUUGAGGGCCAACGAUGUCCUUUAGAGCCUCCAAAUCGGGGUUUGGCUAUGAAGUUCAAAAGAAAAUGGAAGCCAACUAUGAUCGGGAGGAGGAGGCUGGUACCCCAGUGCACAUUGUCAACUGGUUGAAUGAAAUGCUUGCAGGAGAACAUCCUAAAUGCGAAGCCACCGAUUGGAAAUCAAUAUGCACUUACCUCAGAGACGGAGUAGCUCUCUGCAAGCUCAUUAACAAGCUUUUACAAAAAGAUGGAAGACCCCCAGUACAAUUCCAGAAGAAAGUGAUGUCACCUUUCGUAGCCAUGACAAAUAUCGAAAACUUUAACAAAGGCUGCCUGGACUAUGGGCUUGCUAAAGAAUUUGAAUUCCAGAGUGGAGAUCUGUGGGAAGUUAGGAAAGGCCCCUUCCUUAACGUCAUCAACUGUAUUCACAGUCUGGGCUUUGUUGCCAAUUCCAAAAAGGUGAUGCCAUGUUACCAAGGUGAAGUCACAAAGUACCUUGACAGGGAUUAAAGCUGCAGCCAAUCACAUCAGCCGUAACAAACUAGUGAUAUAUCACAUGGUCAUUGUUGUUAAUUCAUUUUUUUAUUGGUUUAUGAUUUUUGUAUGCCGAGAUGCUGAAAUAGUGACGUUUACAUUGGUGCAUAAUUAUUCAAAGCAACAAGUAUAGGAUUAUUAAGUAAAUUUAUAUUAGAAGCGCCAUGUAUUUAACUUAUCUUAACUAGGGACAAAUCUUUUCUUUUUUGUAUACUUAUGGGAGUAUUUUAUCUAUUAUCAAUUGUACUAUGAAUUUAUUUUAAUAGGAAAGAAACUUUUGUAUAUUCUGAUUAAUGUUACAUGUCAUAUUUAUGAAUGUGAAUGCUUAAUAAAUUAUAUGAAACUA